AUAUAAAUACAACCCCGACACCACCACCACUGUACUCUGCACCCAUUCUCACAACAACAACAAAUUACAUCCAUGGCUAUCUCAACCAUGCUCCUCUUUCUCUUUCUCUUCUUUACCUUUGUAUCUUCCUCUUCUCCGAACCCAGAACGAACCCAUCUCAAUACCUCUUCUUUUUCCUUCUCUUUCCCUCUCAGGUCUCUCCCUGCCUCUUCUCCCUCGAAGCCCUCUUCUCCUUUUCGCUCUUCUUUUGUCGCGCAAACCAAACAGCCCUCUUACAACUACAGAUCAUCUUUCAAGUACUCCAUGGCCUUGAUUGUUUCUUUACCAAUAGGGACACCUCCGCAGACCCAACAGAUGGUUUUAGACACUGGUUCCCAGCUUUCUUGGAUUCAGUGCCAUAAAAAAUCUGUCCCUAAGAAACCGCCUCCAACGACGUCGUUUGAUCCUUCUCUUUCCUCUUCUUUCUCUGUUUUGCCGUGCAAUCACCCGCUUUGCAAGCCUCGAAUUCCCGAUUUUACCCUCCCUACUACUUGCGACCAGAACCGUUUAUGUCACUAUUCUUAUUUCUAUGCUGAUGGCACUUACGCUGAGGGUAGUCUCGUCAGAGAAAAAAUCACUUUCUCUUCUUCCCAAAGUACUCCGCCUUUAAUCCUCGGUUGUGCUGAGGCCUCCACUGACGAGAAGGGUAUUUUGGGUAUGAAUCUUGGGCGGCGUUCAUUUGCUUCUCAAGCUAAAAUUUCCAAAUUCUCAUAUUGCGUGCCAACAAGGCAAGCUCGGGCCGGGUUGUCAUCAACCGGGUCGUUUUACUUGGGCAACAAUCCAAAUUCGGGUCGGUUUCAAUAUAUUAAUCUUUUGACUUUUACUCCAAGUCAACGCUCACCCAAUUUGGACCCUUUGGCUUACACAAUUCCUAUGCAAGGAAUUAGAAUGGGCAACGCGAGAUUGAAUAUUUCGGCUACGCUCUUCAGACCCGACCCGAGUGGUGCGGGUCAAACAAUAAUUGACUCAGGGUCCGAAUUCACUUACUUGGUGGAUGAGGCGUACAAUAAAGUACGAGAAGAAGUAGUGAGACUGGUGGGCCCAAAGUUAAAGAAGGGAUACGUGUACGGUGGAGUGUCAGACAUGUGUUUUGAUGGAAAUCCAAUGGAGAUCGGACGGCUGAUAGGGAAUAUGGUGUUUGAAUUCGAGAAGGGAGUGGAAAUAGUGAUUGAUAAAUGGAGAGUAUUAGCUGAUGUUGGGGGUGGGGUCCAUUGCAUUGGAAUCGGGCGGUCAGAAAUGUUAGGAGCAGCGAGUAAUAUAAUCGGGAAUUUUCAUCAACAAAAUCUAUGGGUGGAAUAUGAUCUAGCCAAUCGCAGAAUAGGGCUAGGUAAGGCCGAUUGUAGCAGAUCAGUAUAAAGGGAGACACCCUCUAUAUUAAGGACAUGUGGCCAGGAGAAUUAAGUCAAGAUAUUUAAUGUAGAAGACUGUACAAAAGAGAGAGAGAGAAAAGAAAAAUCUCAAGCAAGGACUACAUUGUUGUGGUUGGCAGUGAUCGAGUACAAUGGCCCAUAUGAUAACUAACAUAAGCAGUAAGCACGUCGAUGAUGGUUGGUGUGGUGCGGAGAGUGUAAGUAAGUUUCACGGGAAACGGUGUUUGCUGUGGUAACAUGUGAUCAUUUUUGUGUUAAUAAUAGAAAUAUUAUAUAAUAAUGCGAAUGUAAUGUAAAGAUAUUUGUAUCUGUACUUUUAUGUGUAUGAAUACAGCCCCUACCCUAAAAUUUAUAUAAAUUGUUACUUUAGAGAUUGUAAUAUA